CCAUUUGCGAAAAUAUGUGAAUAAUUCGCGAAUCUUUACUAUAAAACCGAUGCAAAAACAAAGGGUCGUCAGACUAAUUUGGAGAUUCAUCUCAAAAAGUUAAUUUAAUAACCAACAAAAAUGGUGUUCUUUCGCAGAUUUUUUGUACUCGCUCUGAUCGUUUUGGUGGCCAUAACUCUGCCAAUCAAUGUCGCUGGGACCGGAGGGCAUUAUAAGGGGGAAUCUUCUGGGACCGGAGGAAAUAUUAAAAAGGAAUCUCCUGUCACACCUGAAAAACAUGAAUCUCCGGCCUUAAAUCCUUAUGCGCUAAUUGAAAGGCUUAACUCAUUGAAUGUAAAUAGCGAGAAUCAAGCUAUACUGAACCAUUUGCCAUCGGAAGAAACACUUGUUAAAGGAAAGGAUAGAGCACCAGAAGAAACGCAAUCAGCAUCAAAAAGAAGAAGAGGUUAGAGAAUAGUGAAAAAUCUAUUGCUGAAAUGACCUGAAAAAAUGUUGGAAAAGAAUUACAUUUUGAACAUGAAAAGAAAUAAUAAAAUUGUA